GACCGUUGAGUCUUGAUCUUGUAUACAGGACCAGACACGAAUAAAUUACAAGACAAACAUGGUUAAAAAAACUUGCGAAGAAGAUGUAGUACUGAUCGACCUUUUUGACUUUUGCCUUAAAAGUAAAGGCCUCAACAAAGACAAAGCUUUACAUCACAUCUGGAAUAUUACUCAUAAACACUGUGGCCCCAAUAUACCAUUCACUUACUUCAUGUGCUACCAGGAUCCUAUACAUGAGGAACAUCAUUCAGAUAAAGUGUGCGAUAUACCAGAAAUAUACCUUGUUAGUUUAGUAAAUGGAUAUAAGAUUGUGAAGGACACAAAUAUGGCUGCUAUACUUUACACCAUCAAACAAGAAAUAGAUGAACUGGACAAAAGCACUGCACUUAUUAUUCUGCCCCAGCAGAGGAAAAACGAAAUGGGCGUAUACAUAGAACAACUUUUUACGGCUGUGUACAAAUUCACAUUGGAAUGUUUUAAUGUACAUCAUGAGAAGGAGAACAUUUUACAACUAUGUAGCACAGAACCAACAAAGGAAGGGUUGGCUGAUGAGGACUCCGAAGAACUUGCAAGAAGAAACAUCAAGUCCUGUGUACAAGGGCUCCCAAGUUUAAAGGGGGAGCUGAUCAUUCUAAAAUCACAGAGAAUUCCAGAGGAUCUCUUUCUUCAUGGGUUUACUACACGAUGUGGUGGAAUAUCAUCUAUACCCACCCUCAGCUCCUUAAAUCUUUUCUGCAGCUCAAAAAGAAGAGACCCAAAGGCGGUUGUUGUAGAGAACUUCCGGCGUCUUGGAAAUGUUGCAGGAUUCGAUCCUCGGACAUAUUUUCCUAUAAAGGUUGAUCAUGCUGAGAAUGUUUGGAUAAUGGGAAAACCAGCGCCUUCCUACUAUGAUGGGAUUGUAACCAACCAAAAGGGCGUGACUAUAGCUGCCCCUGGUGCAGACUGUAUACCAAUCCUAUUCUGCGAUCCAGUUAAAAAGGCUUGUGGAGCGGCCCAUUCUGGCUGGAAAGGCACCUUGCUAGGAAUCUCGAUGGCCACAGUGAACGCCAUGAUAUCAGAAUACGGUAGUGAUGUGAAGGACAUACUAGUAGUCCUGGGCCCAUCAGUGGGACCGUGCUGCUUCACAUUAACUCGGGAGGAAGCCAAAGCCUUUUAUGACAUCGACCAACAGUGUGUCCGUCAAUUCGAGUCCCCUAAUCCAUAUGUUGAUAUCAGAAGAGCAACACGGAUUCUUCUGGAACGUGGUGGCAUUUUGCCACAGAAUAUUCAAGAUAAUACCACAAUGGACAAGAGUCAAAAUAUUACACUAUGUACCUCCUGCCACCCUGACAAAUUUUUUUCUCAUGUCCGGGAUGGGAACAAUUUUGGUACACAAAUAUGUUUUAUAUCUAUUAAGUAAUAAGCUUUAAAAUAAACAUGCACUGUCUCAGGGACUUAAAAAAUGCUUUCAAAUACUAUU